AUGAAAAAUGAGUCAGUGGUAUCUGAAUUUAUCUUGCUUGGACUUUCAAGUCUUCCAGAACUGGACAUGGUCCUAUUCCCUGUAUUUCUCCUUAUGUACAUCAUAAGUAUGACUGGAAAUAUUGUUAUAAUUACCAUCACCAAUCUAGACCCAGCAUUAAACACUCCAAUGUAUUUCUUCCUUGGUAAUUUGUCAUUCCUUGAUGUCCUUUGUGUUACUUCUACCAUACCUAAUAUGUUAGUCAAUUUCAUUUCCAAAAAUAAAGUAAUAUCUUUUCAUGGAUGUGUUGUACAGAUGUUUGUAUUUACUGCUGCUAUGGAUACAGAGUUUCUUUUGUUGACUCUUAUGUCUCUUGAUCGGUAUUUGGCCAUUUGUAACCCGUUAAGAUACAAGAAUAUAAUGAGCAGACGAUCUUGCUUUUUUAUGUCUUCUAUAGUCUGGUCUUUUGGCUUUUGCAGUUCUACUUACCACACAUCAAGCACUUUUCGCUUAUCAUUUUGUGCUUCUAAUAAAAUCAAUCACUUCUUCUGUGAGAUCCCACAAAUUUUGGCUAUAUCAUGUUCUGACACACAUAUAAAUGAGUUAGUUCUUAUUAUUACAGAUGUUAUCUUGGGAGUGUUUUGUUUCAUUUGUAUAUUUACAUCAUAUGCAUUUAUAAUCCAUGCAGUGUUAAACAUUCGCUCGGCUGAAGGGAAGAAGAAGGCAUUUUCUACCUGUGCUUCACACAUCACUGUUGUGUUGCUAUUUUAUGGGACAUUAAUUUUUGCCUAUUUUAAACCGUCAUCAGGUAAUUCAUCGGAUAUGGACAAAGGGAUCUCUGUUCUGUAUACAAUUGUUAUACCAAUGUUGAACCCUCUUCUUUACAGUUUAAGGAAUAAGGAAGUAAAAGAUUCUAUUAAAAAAGUUAUAUUUAAAAGGAAUUCUUUUUAA